AUGGACCCAAUCUCGGCUCUUAGCCUGGCGGCCAACAUCUUCCAGGUCAUAGGCUUCACCAACGACGUCGUCACAAUCUCCAAGCAGAUUUACGACGCCGGCAGCCCUGCGGGUCUCUCUGAGCUGGAACAGAUUGCGACUGAUGCCUUGAACACGGCUGACGAUAUCACGACACGUCUUCGCGGGUGCGAACCUGCGCCCCCGGGCUCUGCUGACUCGGUGCUGUUGCGCAUAGGUGAGGAGACUGUGCGCAUUGCCCAGGAGUUGAAGGACCUCCUGGAGAAGUUGCGGGCCAAGGGCGCAGGCGGGAAGCCUUGGCAUACCCUUCACCAGACCUUCAUGACCAUAUGGAAGAGAGAUGACAUUGAUAAACUUGAGAAGAGACUCGUUGCGGUUCGGGAGGAGCUUCAGUUUCACGUUGUCGCCUUGAUCCAAAAGAAGCUUGACUAUCAAUCUCUCCGGCUCCAAGAUGUCGUUGUCAAGUUGGACGACCAAGCCCAGGCUGUUGUCCCGCAGCUUUUUGGCCAACUUGACAAGAUCAAGACGCAGAACGACACCAUACUAGACAACCAAAUGCACAGUGAAACUGUGGCUCAUCAUCGACACGAGGAACUUAUGGGAGCUGUCAAGGUAGCAAAGUAUCAACGCAGUCAGCUGUCACCUUCAGACACGGAGAGAAUGAUUGAGAAUGCACAGACCAAGAUCUUGGUGUCGUUGUGGUUCGCCACCAUGCAGGAUCGAGAAGACAACAUACAGCAGGCAUAUGAUAGAACUUACGAAUGGCUUUUUUGUGAUCCUGUUGCGGAGCAGAAGCCUUGGGACAAUUUUCGCACCUUUCUUUUGAACGACGCGGAAAUAUACUGGAUCACCGGCAAGGCUGGGUCCGGCAAGAGUACGCUGGCAAAGUUCGCCGCCUAUCGCCACGAGACUUCGGCGGCCUUGUUACAAUGGGCAGGCGGGAAAUGCCUUAACAGGGCGAGCUUUUACUUUUACUACAAGGGUGCUGAGCUGGAGAAGUCGGAGGUCGGCGUGUUGAGGUCGCUGCUCCAUCAGGUACUGUCCAAGCGGCCCAAGCUGAUCAAGUCUGCUUUCCUAGAGCGCUUCGAGGCGAUUCGCUUUGAUGCGGAGGGAGGAAAGAGUUUCAUUCCCACGUACUGGGAGCUGAAGAGGGCGCUGGAGGCGCUGUUGAAGAGCUGCCCGGAUGAACGCUUCUUCUUCAGCGUUGACGGGCUUGACGAGUACGACGCGGACAAUCAUCAAAUGGGGGAGUUGGUAGAUGUGUUUGAAGCGCUCUCCAAGUUCCCCAACGUCAAGUUCCUCCUCACGAGCCGCCCAUGGCCUGUCUUUAAGGAGCGCCUGGCUGGAUACCCAAGGCUUCGCCUCCAUGAGCUCACGCGGCCAGACAUCGCUGGCUUCGUGGACCGGGAGAUCAGUGAGCACAUGUCCUCUCGGGAAGUGACGGAGAGUGAUGACGCACUCAUGAGCUCUCUGAAAGGAGAGAUAGUAGAGAACUCUUCCGGCGUCUUCCUCUGGGUGUACCUGGUUGUACGGUCUCUCCUUGAGGGGCUAUAUAAUGGGGACUCAAUUGGCGAGUUGCGGAAGCGCAUACUCGAGCUUCCAACAGACCUCGAAGAUUUGUAUCUGCACAUGUGGAUCAGGAUACCAGAGAGAUAUAAACCACAGGUCUCUCGUAUUUUGCAGAUACUGUCUUUUGGAACGUCCGAGGGCGCGCGCACCAGCCUCCUGGGCUUGGCACUUGCAGAGGAUCUCGACGAGGAGGCUGUCUUCACCAUGCCGGUGGCACCGCUCAAGAGGGAAGAAGCCCAUCGGCGGAUGAAUUCCAUGGAGGUCCGCAUAAAUGCUCGGUGUCUUGGAAUCAUCGAAGUGCAGCACGUCAAGAUGGUCCAGGUUGAUCCGUGGAUGCCAUCGCUUGACUCGGACUGCUACGAGAACCGCAUCGAAGGCGAGCUCGGAAAUCCGUUUGUCACCUUUAUCCAUAGGACCGUGUUUGAGUUCGCCUCGUCGCCUGAGGUCUGCGUCAAGCUGAAGGAGGCCACGUCGCGAUUGGCAGGAAGGUUUGGUGAUGUCUUUCAGCCAGAGAGUGCUCUUCUCCGCCUGCUCGUCUUGCGCAUCAAGACUUUUGCCGAGGAAAACCUUCACAAGAACAUCAACGAGGCAUCCGUGUUUCCUUCGAGCCUUGAGGGGUUGGUUUACUAUGCCUUGGGGACGUGUCGAAAGGCCGAGAAGGCAUCAGGGAAGGCCCAGACUCGUCUGGUAACGGAGCUGGAUAAAACCAUGACUUAUUUCUACAACAAUGUGUACGACUGUCCUGGUACGUACCACUGGAGCAACGCCCUACGUUUGCAGAGUGACAUUGGGGGUCCUGCCUGGAUUCCAGUGCACCAGCUCAUGCGUAGCCAGAGCGACAUGUUGUCCUUGGCUGUGCGGCACGGCCUCGUCCGAUUUGUCAAGGAGAACGAAGCAGUCAACGAGUCGGUGAAACGCAAGCCUGGGAGGCCACUACUGGAUUAUGCACUGAGACCGGGCUGCAAAUCCUUUGGCUACAAGGAAAUCCUGAUGCUUCGUCGAUCCUCGGAAAUGGUCGCCUUCCUCCUCAAGGCGGGCGCGAGGCCGAGCCAAAGGUUUGACGGGAAGUCGCUGAUGGAACAUUUCGUUUGGGAUCUGGGAGAGGACCCAGGCAAGGAAGAGGUUGUGGAGAUGAUUGUGCUGUUGCUCCCUUACGUACAGAAAUGCAAGCUGGAAGUCCAGUACUUGAAACAAUUGGCAAACCGCCUGAGGGCCGCUUCGUAUUGGCGAGAGAUGGAGGGGGAUGUUGAGAAAGCAAUAUGUGUGCUACACACACUCCAACACAAUGCAAGCUUGAAGCAGCUACGGGGCAUAGGUGAGAGUGAAUUGAUCAGACCAAGACCUAGAGAGAGGCCAACGACGCCCGAGGAGAGGCCAAAGACGCCCGAAGAGAGGUCAAAGAUACCUGCAGAGAGGUCAGAGAUACCUGAAGAGAGGCCAAAAUCUCUUGAAGAGGGAUCAAAGUCACCUAACGAGAGGUCAAGGACGCCCGAAGAGAGGCCAAAGUCAAACCGGCUGGUAUGGAAACUUUUCUGUUGUUUUGGAGAGUGA